AUGUUGAGUGGUUUAGCUCUGAGAACAAUUUUUAACUGUGUUUUCAUGGUUGAGAAGACCAAACUUAAAAUGCAGCCGCUAGAAAGCACACAUCACACAUUCUUAAUGCAAAGUCAAGCCGCUUGCUCAAAUGGACAGAGAGAGGAGGGGGGAGGCAGGGUGGAAGGAGAUGCAGGGCAGAGAAAACUACCUUUGGCUGAAUCGAUAAGGGUCUGUUUUGCCUUUAAUGCUCACUGCAACCUUUGUCAUGGUUGGUUGGAAUGUCUUUCUUUUAAUUAUGGCAUCUGGGUCAGUGAUACAGGAAGUCAUAUUUUGGUGGCUAAGUUUUACUAA